AUGAAUUCCUAUCGCUUUGAAGAACGAGGAAAAAGUCAUGCAAAUGGACAUUUUAGUCGCUUUCGUGAGGAUGUUCGACACAUGAAUAAAGACGAAGAACCACGCGCUGUAAGGGAGGGCAGAAGUGAACCCUUUCGUCGUAGUGGGCGAGGCGCUAAUUUCAAUUUUAACCACACCGCUACUUAUGAGCCCGAGGUUGAACGCCAUGUCCACGUCACCCGUCGCAAAGAAAAUUUAAUUGUGCGCAUCCCGAAUGAUCAUUACCAGAUGGAUCUAAAUGGCAAACCCAACGUCAACCGUCGUGGUCAAGGCAACAACAACAGUAAUAUUAGCAAUGGUAACAGUGGAACCAUCAGUGGUGUCCGACCGAACCAAGGGCCUCUGAGAUCUAGCAUGAGGAAUUCGAAUAAUGACGGACAAAACCAACCUAGACCUAGAUUUGAGACUUCCGAGAGACACCGAAAUCGUUCAUUCCGAGAGUAUUCAGACAGUGGUCCUGAUUGGAAACCCGAUGGUUCAGGAUACAAUGGCGGAAGUCGGGGAAUGUUUAACUCAGCCUUUGUAUCAUCUGACUGGAAUAGGAACUUAGGGGGUAGACGCAGUGGAAGAUAUAAUGAUGGUGCUGAUGGUGGUAGUAGAGGAAUGCGUCGUAGAGGCGGCGGCGUUGGUGGAGACAACGGUUUCAUUCCUUUCAGAGUCUCCGAGAGCGAUUAUCAAAAUGAUCGUGAUAAUAGAAUGGGUGAUCGCUCGCAUCAUGGCGCUCGUGGUGGCUUUAAUCGUCGUGGCAGCAUUCGGGGUUCCCGUAAUGGUGGUAGUCGAGGCGCUAGGGGUGGUGGUUUCUCAUCACGAGCUCACGACAACAAUCAGUCGGCAUGUAAACCCGAAGUCGACGAUCAUACUUCUGAGUUGGAUAAGCAAAAUUGUAUUGUAAAUCCCGAGGAUAGUAAUUCUACUGAUGAUGAUCAAUAUCACCUCAAUGUUGAUAUGAAGACUUUCACCGUUACUGAUCCUCUUAUAUCCAACCCUAUUCUCACUGUGCCCCUCUCAGUGUGGUCUAAAGAUGAUCUUUCUUGUAUUUCCUUCCAACAGACGGAUGGCAAUUUGCAGUCGGAGACAUCUGACAGUGGAUUAAACAUCAUGUCAGAACCUCUUGCAACAGAACCUGAAAUCCCAAAAACGGAAUUGGAAGAUAGGGUUACUUUGGAAGUUUCCGAUGAAAGGUCAAAACUUGAGGAAAAAGUUAAGGUACGCCAUUUUAUUGCCCACUUUUUAAAUUGGCCUUGUUGA